AUGGAUCAUAACGACAUGACGAUGACGACCCCCGCGGCCACGGCUGGUACGAUGACGAUGACGAUGACGAUGACGAGCGGGAACUCGAUGCCGUCAUCUACCAGCGGGAUGGAUAUGGGAAUGGACAUGGACGGGUCGUCCAUACUGAUGUCGUCGGCGGAGAUGGCAAUGGUAUUCUUUCAAAGCGUUACAACUCCUCUCUAUUCAGACGCGUGGACCCCUCAGGGACAGGGCUCUUACGCCGGCACUUGCGUCUUUCUAAUCGUGCUUGCUCUGCUGCACCGCAUUCUAAUCGCGCUGAGAUCUAUCGUCUUCGACUCAAAUCCGGGACUCCAUCGUCACGACAAAGCUAUUUCGUCUUCUGAUUCGGACAGGUAUCCGGGUAGUAGAAGCGACUUGGAGUUGAUGGGCGGUCAAUUCAGGAGCCGGUGGAAUAGUCACCCGUUCAAGGUCGCCACCGAGACGUUCCGGGCUUUGUCCGAGGUCGUAAUCGGAGGUAUCGGAUACUUACUUAUGUUGGCAGUGAUGACUAUGAACGUGGGAUAUUUUCUGUCUGUUCUUGGAGGCAUCUUCCUUGGCACUUUCGUCGCUGGUCGAUUUGGUGCUGGUGACAACCAUCAUUGA